CGUAGCAGAAGGCGAGCAAACCCAAACAUGAAUUCCUCCAACUCGGCAGGAAAUUUACCUUCCCCCCAGGGCUACCCUCCUCCCGUUCCCGAUCAGCAGUUUCAGAAGCCAGUGUUCAACCAAGAGGAGCUGCGAGUUCUGCGAGAAUGCAACCUAGAAUCAUUUUACUUCCGCUGUGUGCCUCUUGCAGCAGCUUUUACAAGUGCCACAUACAUAGCCAUGCGAAGGGGUAUAUUUAAAGUGAGUGAGAAGUUCGGGUACACUCCAAAAAUGUUAGGUGCUGCCUUCAUAGGGUACUUUGCUGGAAAGCUGUCCUACCAGAAUGCCUGUGCAGAGAAGUUGAUGAAACUGCCCAACAGUCCUGUAGGAGAAGCACUUCGCAAGAGGAAAGGGCGGCUAGGAUUUCAGGAGUCUUUAAGCAUGGAGCCAGGGUUUUCGGUGGCAUUUCCAGGAGAGAAGGAAGGGUCUGGGCCACAGCAGCCGAUUUUUGAUGACCAUAGACCAGACUUGAGGGAUCACAAUGAGGGCCUUGAUGAGUACCAGCGAGGAGUCACAGACUCACUGACACCAUAUACUGAGGUCCCACUGGAAUCAGCUCAGAGCUACACCACAUAUGAGGAACUUAGACGCCAAAACCGUGAAGAGUAUGUCAACCGAAUGGCUGACAAGUACCGCAAGCUUCCAGCAGAACCAACUCCAGAGGGCCCUGGUUUUGGUACUUCACAUCUGCCAGAAGAGCCCCAGCCCCAGGCGCAGACUUUCCGGCCACCCUCGUUUAGGCCCAGUGUUAAGAAGAAUCAGUACGGAGAUGAGGUUUAUGAUUAGGUUUUGGCAAACUUGAAAAGGUGGACGCUCAACAUCUGUGGUUCCUAUUGUCAAUAUUAUUAUCAUUACCAGUAAACUAUUGGCAAUGGGUGCAUGUACUGUCCAUUGUGGUUUUGUUUUACUUAUUUUGUUUACAAAGAUUGCUUCAAAAGUGCUUAGUCACCAAGUAGUGAUUUUUUGGGGUGAAGAAAGUUUUUAUUUCAUUUACUAUUGAUAUUGUUAUCAUCAUAAUAUUAUAAAUGAUACUAAUAUUAAUAAGAAUCAAAGCUUUCUUUUCAGAAAAAAAGUUCUAGAGCCAUGUCAAUGUAAGCAAAGUUAUUAAAACAAACUGCAGUGCAUACAUGCAUGUAAGGUAUCAUCUGGUUAAUGUUAUUAAUUUUAUAUGGGAUUUACAUUUGUUUUUUUGAUUGGUGAUAAUUUAGUGUUUUUUUACACUAUAGUCAUAAUCUUCAGCUUUGGUUGCUGUACUGCUUGAUGGUUAUUAUGGAUGCAUAGUGACAGACGACAGCAUAAAUAAGAGUUCAUUACACAUCAUAUUGAAAUGAAUAGCCAUGGCAAAAUUACAUUUAGAAUUCCUUUACACUAAGGUGACAGCAGUCAUUUGUUUUUCUUUUGUGGGGGGGGAAGUGGCUGAAUUAUUAUUAUUAUUACUAUUAUUAUAUAUAUUUUUUUUCCAGUACUUACAUUUCUGAGAAUUAAAGUAUGUAUGUCCAAAUGAGAGUUAUUAAAUGUUAUUAAAGUUUUCAUGAUAGGUUAUUUAGUGUUUUUUCAUCAAAUGAUGUUUAUUGAUAUUUUGUAUUUAUAUAUUCUUAUGAUGCUGAGCUCAGUGAUUUUUCUUUUUGUUUCCUGUUAAAUGGAAAUAUUAUCAAGAUUAUAACAAUACAGUUACUAUGAACUCAUCUUGUGUAAAUAUGGUAUUUAUGUAAAUAAAGUCUGAAUUGAU